UGAUGGAAGAUGGAAGACAAAGGGGCUCGUGUUGCUGACUACUUUGUCGUGGCAGGAUUAACAGAUAUUUCAAAGCCACUGGAGGAAGAAAUCCACUUCAACGAUGCUUGCCAUAAAAUCGCCAAACCAAAAGAACCUAUUACUGAUGUAACAGUACUCAAUAAAUCUCUGGGGGAGGAAGUUCCUCAAGGGUAUAAAUGCAUAGAUGUUACUCCCUCAGGACUGUCUGCAGAUCUCAAUAAUGGAAGUCUUGUAGGACCGCAAAUAUACCUUUGUUAUCGCCGAGGAAGGGAUAAGCCCCCUCUUACUGACUUGGGGGUUUUGUAUGAUGGGAAAGAAAGAGUGAAGCAAGGCUGUGAAAUAAUCCAAACUACUCCAUAUGGUCGGCCUGCUAAUAUCAGUGGCAGUGCCUCGUCGCAGAGGGUGUACAUCACUUACCGAAGGGCAUCUGAAAACAUGACCCAAAACACAUUGGCAGUGACAGAUAUUUGUAUAAUCAUCCCAAGUAAAGGGGAAACCCCACCACAUACGUUCUGCAAGGUGGACAAGAAUCUUAAUAAUAGUAUGUGGGGUUCAGCAGUAUAUUUAUGCUAUAAAAAGUCUGUGGCAAAAACCAACACCAUAUCAUAUAAAGCUGGUUUAAUAUGCAGGUAUCCUGAAGAAGAUUAUGAAUCAUUCCCAUUACCAGAAUCUGUGCCUCUCUUUUGUCUACCUAUGGGUGCAACCAUUGAAUGUUGGCCCUCUAACAGUAAAUACCCUCUCCCAGUUUUUUCUACGUUUGUACUAACUGGAGCUUCUGCAGAAAAGGUAUAUGGUGCUGCUAUUCAGUUUUAUGAAGUGUAUCCUGAAGAGACUCUCACAGAGAAACAGAAAUCUCAACUGGGAUUAGCAGCUGCUGCUGAGGGAAAGUCAGACUCAUGCAGAACAGUUCAAACAAAUAAAUGCAUCUGUCUGCUCUCUCACUGGCCUUUCUUUGAUGCUUUCAAGAAAUUUCUUACCUUUCUUUACCGUUACUCCAUUUCUGGUCCACAUGUCCUACCCAUUGAGAAACACAUUUCCCAUUUCAUGCAUAAAGUUCCUUUUCCAUCCCCUCAGAGGCCAAGAAUCCUAGUUCAGCUAUCUCCACACGAUAACCUGAUUCUUAGCCAGCCUGUGUCAUCACCCCUUCCACUGAGUGGAGGCAAGUUUUCCACACUACUUCAGAAUUUAGGACCUGAAAAUGCAGUAACUCUACUUGUAUUUGCGGUGACAGAACAUAAAAUUCUCAUCCAUUCAUUGCGGCCUUCUGUCCUUACUAGUGUGACAGAGGCACUAGUCUCUAUGAUAUUUCCCUUCCACUGGCCUUGCCCCUAUAUUCCUCUUUGUCCCUUGGCACUGGCAGAUGUGUUGAGUGCUCCAUGCCCAUUCAUAGUGGGAAUUGAUUCAAGAUACUUUGACCUGUAUGACCCUCCACCAGAUGUUAGCUGUGUUGAUCUAGAUACCAACACAAUAUCUCAAACUGGAGAUAAGAAAGUUAUUGCAUGGAAGAUCCUACCAAAGAAACCUUGUAAAAACCUGAUGAACACUUUAAAUAAUUUAUAUCAGCAACUGGCAGAAUUGCAACAGAGACCAAGAGAAGAUGCAUUAAUGGAAUUAGCAAUGAAUGACUAUGAUUUUACUUCUGGGAAGAAACUGCAUCUGCUAGAUUUGGAGAUCCAGGAAGCAUUCCUGUGUUUCAUGGCCUCAAUACUAAAAGGUUACAGGUCUUAUCUCAGGCCAAUAACAGAGGCACCGUCUGAAACAGCCACAGAUGCAAGUUCUCUCUUUGAGCUACAAGGUUUCCUCAAAAGUCGAGAUCGUUCACAUCAGAAGUUCUACACACUGAUGACCAAAACUCAGAUGUUUAUUCGUUUCAUUGAGGAGUGUUCUUUUGUCAGUGAUAAGGAUGCAAGCCUUGCAUUCUUUGAUGACUGCGUAGAUAAAGUAGAUAUGGACAAAAGUGGGGAAACACGACUUAUAGAGCUGGAUGAGUCCUACAAGAGUGAGCAUACAGUUUUCAUAACACCCCCUGAGAUCCCACAUCUGCCAAAUGGAGAAGAGCACCCUCUACAAUACAGCUAUAAUGGAUUUCCAGUAUUAAAACUAGAUUUGUUUGAGCGGCCUGAAGGAUUUCUUAAAGCACCAAAUAACAAACUGUCCUCAAAAGCCAGUAGUCCCAACAGCCCAUCACCAAUGUUCAGGAGAACUAAACAGGAAAUUAAAUCUGCCCAUAAAAUUGCCAAGAAGUACUCCUCCAUCCCACAGAUGUGGUCCAGAUGUUUGUUACGUCACUGCUACGGCCUUUGGUUUAUCUGCCUCCCUGCGUACGUGAAAGUGUGCCACUCAAAAGUCAGGGCUCUGAGAACUGCCUAUGAUGUGCUACAAAAAAUGCACACAAAAAAAAUAGAUCCACCUGAUGAGGUGUGCUACCGAGUUCUGAUGCAGCUGUGUGGACAGUAUGGUCAGCCUGUGCUAGCUGUCAGAGUGCUGUUUGAAAUGCAGAAAGCUGGCAUUGACCCUAAUGCCAUAACAUAUGGUUACUACAAUAAGGCUGUUUUGGAAAGUACCUGGCCUUCCAGCAAUCGAGGUGGCUAUUUCCUCUGGAUGAAGCUACGGAAUGUUGUUUUAGGAAUAGCACAGUUUAAAAAAGCAUUGAAAAAGCCACCAGCAAGCACCUCGCAUACAGCCACCCCUGGAGGACUUUCAGACUCUGGCAAUAACACAUCACUCAAAGAAGAAGCCAAGCAAGGGAAAACUUGUCUUCAAGAUAUACAAGAACAAAAAGAAGACAAGAGAGAGAGUGACUCCAGUUCUUUGUCUGAAGUGGAGAGUGCAAAAGGGAGUGGUGACUGCCUGCCAAAGCUGAAUUAUCAGAACUCAAGUGAUGCCAAAUCCACUUCUAGCAUAGUGCGGCUCAAUGGUACCGUUGACAGCACCGUAACAGAACCUAGCACAGAGAGUUCUGUAGGAUUGCUGUUUACCUCAUCUUUUGAGGAUACCAGUGAAGCAGAAGUUACAAAAAAUAAAUCCUUAAGGAAGAGACAUAAAAGUGCAGUAGAACCUGACUUAAGGGAGAUACCAUGGGAAAGCAGAAACCGUAACCUGAGUGGAGAUGGCUUAGUGGGGCUCAUGAUGAAUAGAAUAAAUCAGGAAGCAAACCCUGGAGAAAUUGUUGAAAAACUAGGAGCUGAUGCCAAAAUCCUAUCUAGUGCAUUACAGAAAAGCAUAAGGCCAAAAACUCUUAACAUCAGAGCCUCCUCUUUAGGAUCGAAGAGAGAAAGCCUGGAGAAAGAAUCUAGUGAUGAAGAUGCAGCUUUUGAUUGCAGUUUUACAGAUAAAACAGAGUCUCCUGUUAUCUUUGAUCUGGAAGACUUGGAUGCAGAACCUGAAACACCUACAGCAGUGAAAUCUUCCAGUGAAAAAUCUAGAAGGCUGCAAAGAAAGAGCAGCUUUCCAGUAAAGCCAGUUGAAAAGACAGAUGUUGAAACCGGAUUUGAUCCACUGUCUCUGCUGGUUGCUGAGACAGAACAACAGAAAGAGGAUGAGGAGGAGGAUGAUGACAGAAGUAUUUCUACUCCAUCUGCAAGGCGAGACUUAGCAGAAGAAAUAGUUAUGUACAUGAACAAUAUGAGCAGCCCUUUGUCAAGUCGUGCUCCAAGCAUUGAGUUGCAAAAGCCCUAUGAUGACAGAAAUACUACUAAAAAGAGCCCAACAAUAAUUCAGCCUUGUAGGAGGUCCAGCCUUCCCCCAAACUCCCCAAGGCCAACCAGUCUCACUAAAUCCAAGAGUUACCAGGCUAAGCAUGAAGAAAGGCCAAGAGACAGGCUUUGGUCCUCGCCAGCUUAUUCCCCAAACAGUCCAGCAAAAGAGCAGCCACAGGAUACAACUAGUGCAUUAACACUUGUGUCUUCACCAUCAUUCAACCUGGACACACUGUUAACACCUAAACUUGAUGUUCUGAAAAGCAGCAUGUUUUCUGCUGGAAAAGGGGUUGCAGAGAAAGCUAGCAAGUGGUACUCAAAAUUUACAAUGUAUGCAGCGUCUUCAAAGGAUCAAAAUUCAGAUCGUGCAAGUGUUUCAUCACUGGGAGCUCUGGACUCAGAAUCUACUUCUCUAACUGAUGAAGAUGUCUGCAAUGAUUUUGAAAGUGCUUCUCCUCAGGAGAAUACCACAUCAGAAAUUAAGGGAAUUGGCCUCAGCAGGGCAAGCCUAGAAAGCUCAACUUCCCAUGAUGGCUCAUCUAAACAAUUUGACCAGUCUGGUUCUCUUUCAAAGUUCCCUCUACCUGACAAGUCAGAGUUGAUAUCCUCUUGCAGUACAAGUAGUACCAGUGUGUUUCAGAACUACGCCAUGGAGGUCCUCAUCUCAAGCUGCUCACGGUGCCGAACGUGCGACUGUUUGGUUCAUGAUGAAGAAAUCAUGGCAGGCUGGACAGCAGAUGACUCCAAUCUCAAUACCACUUGUCCUUUCUGUGGCAAUUUAUUUCUGCCCUUUUUAAGCAUAGAAAUCAGAGACCUUCGGCGGCCUGGACGUUAUUUUCUGAAGUCCAGCCCUUCCACAGAAAACAUGCAGAUCCCAUCGCUUAUUUCAAAUAAGAGCGGCAAGUCCUGUAAUGCUUCAGCUACUGUUGGCCUUACUACAUCCCUGAUGUCUGUUCAGGAGGAUAUAAAUUCAAACAGUAAAUCUAAGCAGCAGGAUAAUAUUUGUGCCAGAAGUAUCCAAAUCCCCUCGGGAAGAAGACAGAAUAUCUCUGGGCCAGAAUGUACAAGUCACCCUGUAGCAAGGAGUAUCAGCACUUUUGGUCCAUUGGAAGAAGAUGAGAAAGAAAGCCAGAAGAUCAGCCGUAUCAUUCCUACUGGUAGCCUGCCUGCCACAUUGCAAGGACCAACAGAUUCCUUGGGUCUAGAAUGGCGCUUACCUAGUCCUGAUCCUAUAACAGUUCCAUAUCUCAGUCCUCUAGUGGUAUGGAAAGAGCUUGAGACCUUACUUGAAAACGAAGGGGAUCAUGCAAUAACAGUGGCAGACUUUGUAGAUCAUCAUCCCAUUGUGUUCUGGAAUUUGGUGUGGUAUUUCAGGCGCUUGGACCUGCCCAGCAACUUACCGGGAUUAAUACUGUCUUCUGAGCACUGUAAUAAAAACUCCAAGAUUCCACGGAAUUGUAUGUCAGAGGACAGUAAAUAUGUUCUUAUUCAGAUGCUGUGGGAUAAUAUGAAACUGCAUCAAGAUCCAAGGCAGCCUCUGUAUAUUUUGUGGAACGCUCAGACCCAGAAGUACCCAAUGGUCCAUUUAUUACAAAAAGAUGAUGACUCUUUCAACCAGGAGCUCUUGAGAAGUAUGGUAAAAAGCAUUAAGAUGAAUGAUGUGUAUGGACCAAUGAGUCAGAUAUUGGAGAGGUUGAACAAAUGGCCACAUAUUAAAAGACAGAGGAGCCUUUACAGAGAAAUACUGUUUCUUUCACUUGUUGCCCUUGGGAGAGAUAACAUUGAUAUAGAUGCUUUUGACCGAGAGUACAAAAUGGCCUAUGAUCGUCUCACAGCUAAUCAAGUGAAGAACACUCACAAUUGUGACAGACCACCAAGUACUGGAGUGAUGGAGUGCAGAAAGAUUUUUGGAGAACCAUAUCUUUAAAUAUCCUUAGAUAACAAGGUGAUAUCUCUGAUGUGUACCUGUGUAAAAUAACCACUUCAGCCACAAGGAACAUCUCAAGUCUUCAGUGUGCAACAACGAAUGUAUUAUGGCAGAAGGCCUUGGAAAAAUUAGGCCUACCUACAGCUGUGGAAAUGGACCGAGUGAAAAAUGGGCUAAUUACUGUUUCCAUUUCCCUUCUCCUUUCUACAAAACAAUGUGUAGAAAGGAAGAUUCUAAACAAAAUCACUGCUUUCACUUGGGGCAACACAUUACAGUUCCCUCCUUAAAAAAGUAAAUGAAGUACCAGGUGGACAGAAACAAUGCACUGAAACUAAUGUGAGCGAAGUAAAUUCUUCAGAAUCUAUUGUUUACAUAGAAUACUCAUGAUGUUAUGAAGAGCAUACAAAGUUGUAUUAUACAUAUUUUAAAUUGUUUAUAGUAAGUUGAUAUUUUUUUAAGUUUUUUAAAUUACUGGAGUGAAUUUUAAAUGGACUUGCUGCAUAAGCAAUACAAUGCUUAUUUUUUUUGCAGUACACUGCUAUUUAUAGUAACUUGUCCAGUUACUUUUUGGAGAGUAAUUUGUUUUUAAAGCAGAAUAGAAAAUGUUAACCUUUACCUAGACAGUUCUCUAGACACAGGAUUUCUCUCACAGACACAUGGGAAAACUUGUUACCACAGCAAUCAGAAGGAAGGUCUGGUAAACUUCUGUCAAAUUCUAGUUACAAACAUGCUGCUGUCUCUGUACAACAUUUGGGUAGAAAUCUCCUCCUCUUUCUCUCCUUUUCAUUCCCUACUCCCCAGCAAAGUCAAAGCAUACUGAAGAGUACUCCAGGACCUGUUCAGAAAUCAGUCCAUCUCAGCUGUUGACGUUUAUUACUGUGAUCUCAUUACAUCUGUAAUACAAAGCAAAUGGCAGACUGCAGGAAGUUCUUCAUAACUGUGCAGUGUUCAGAGUCUUGGUGGAUGUGUUUGAAGCACACUCAGUAUGACACAUAGGUAAUGCUAAUCUGAAACUUUUAACAUACAGCAAACUUGCUACAGGGAAUGUUUAGGGAAUGUAACUUAUUGGGACACAGAGUUAAAUUAGCACUUGGAAUGUUUGGUCUCUAUUUCACAGGCAAAGCAACUUCUUUUUUUUCUGCAAAGAAAAAAUGUUGUAUCUGUCCUUGUGGUGGAGUCAGGGCUUUUGACUCAUGUUUUCCUGUUCUAGAGAUCUAAAAUAAUGUUCUGUGCUCUCAGUCAUAUAGCAGCUCCUCACCAGAAGGUAGGCUACAGAGAAGUCUUGUAUGGGGGUGGGAAAACAGACUUUGAAUUGUAUAAAACACCCUAAACAAGUAAAACCAUGCUUUAACAAAUAGCUUUAUUUUAAGUAAUCUUAAUGGUAUUCUAAUUUCUUUUAGUUGUUGCUGUUAUAAUGCUUAUAAAUAUUCAGCUGUUGCAUUAGACUUUAUAUUUUGGUCUGACCUACCAACAGGUCUUUUAAAAAAUCUAUUUCACAAGUGUAAUAACACAGCAAUAUUUAGUUAGGCAGAAAGGAGAUAAACCUUAAAGCUCAUAUUUACUUUAUUAAAUGAAAUAGUGAGCCUUUUAGAGGUUGAAAUGAGAAGUACUGCUGCUAUGAAGCAAGAUGUAACCUCCUCCCAGACCUCUGUAGUGAGAAGAUGCUGCCCUAAGGAGAAAGGAUUUAACAUUUGUAGAGCUGCAGGUAUAUGCUGGUGGUAAUUGCAAGUCACAACCUUGCUGGGUCCAGCUUUCAUUGGAUAAUACCUCUUCUCUAAUCUGCUGCUAAUUAUGUAGCUGCCCUUUUGCAACAUAUCCCCCCACCCUGAGGUGGAGCUACCAUUGCUAUACUUAGCAAGGCUCUUCACAUUUAAUUUAUUUUAACAGUUUGUGAUGUUUUCCUUUGUACUGCCACGCUUCUGAAGUACUCCUCAUGCAUGAAAUCAGCUGCUUUUGUCACCCAGGUUCAUAGUAUCAGCACAGGGUGGAUACAGACCCCCUUCAUUCUUCUGAACUGUGGUGAGAAACACCAGGUGAUGUUUUUUCCCCUGAACUUACUGUAAGUACCAGUUAGUUGCAUGUGUGCUCUGCUCUGUACAGUAGGAACACUGUAUUCACAGAGUCAAAGUUGCAAACAGUAGUUGCUGUGUGUAUGAACUCAUACCUGUCGGUGCUGUGCAGAAGGUGGUGUUCUCACCUCUUUGCAGUUCUGUUUACCACUUGGGACAGCCACUGUUUUACAAGACCUUUAAGCCAUGAAGGAGGGCAAGUGCUUUUUCCAGAGCUGCUGUGGUGUGUUAGAGGUCCUGAGCUAUGAAGUGAGCUUCACAAUUCCUGUUUCAGUCUGGCAGAAGCCACUGAGCCUGGUCUCUAACCACCUCUUACUAGGACAUAACACUGCAAGGGUGUGUGCUAGCACAGGAGUAGACACAAUGCUUGUAAAUCACAGCCCGCUUUCUCCACUCUAGUCCCAGCCUCGUUGUAAAGUACUCCCAACAGUCUCCAGACUUGGAAAGCCAGCAAGUUUGCCACUUCAUUCAGAUCUCAACAAUCCUGCCAGUAUUGCCAGCAGAGUAUAUACUGCACGAAGAAAAGGAUUGUAUAGCUAUCCUUCAGACAAACAAUCCCACUGUGCCCUUGCAUCCUCAGUGGCACCCCUAAAGCAUUGUCAGUGCUUAUGUGGGUGUGCUUUUAAAUUUCUGGAUCAUGCAGUAGUACAUCAAGUGAAAUCAUUAUACUUAAUGACUUGUCUUCUAAAGUCUGUGACAAGUCAGUCCACUCCAGAAGUACUAUAAUAGUUGGAGUAGUGAUAUACCUUAAAUGGGAAAUUUUCCUCAUUCAAGUCAUAAGGUUCAAAGUGUAGCUCCUGAGGUGGAUUAUUUUUAAGCAUCCUACAGUUAGUGUUGAAACAGUUUUCAGAUCUCACUGUCCUUUAUUAGCAAAGCAAUUUGAGUAUAUUUUCCAGAACCACAAAGAUGGAUAAAGAAAAUAUUUGAGACUUAUUUUCAAUUUAAAAUUUUGUAUGAACCGAAUUUUCUCCUUUUGUGUACUAAAUAAUGCUCAUGUCAAAAACCUUAAACUCAAAGGUUUUACAUUUGCAGUGCAAUAUAUAUUUUGCUUUACUUAUGGUUCCACUGGAAUAAUUAUUGGAGAUGAAAUACUGAAAUGUGAAUAGAAAUUGUGCUGUUUCUCUGACACUGCUGGUUCCCGUCUUGAGAAGAUUUACUCAUGGUACAGUCACAGCCUGAUGAGUUUGACGUCCAUUGGUGAAUUAAAUGAUUUGUACCCCAAGAGAGAGAAAAUUCUCGCAUGUGAAAUCUCAGUAUAACAAAGGGGAGAUGCAAAUAGUAAUAUCAGAGAGGGGUAUUUCUGGCUAUAAGCUCACUGGGUUUUAAAAAUGGUACUUUGUUAGACUGCAAGCAGCACUUUUUAAAUGAAUGGUUGUAGAUUUGUAAAUAUGUAAUGUUUAAAUUUUAUUUACCAAAAAAAAAACCCAAAAACAAAACAGUGUUGGAUGUUUGCUUUGGUUUGUAGUUACUUUUAAAAUAUGCAAAGUCAGUGUUCACAAUGUUAAGUUGUUUUUUUUUUCUGUCUCAUCCAAAAAAAAGUUUUACAGUGAGUCAAUAAAAAGCUUAAAAUCUU